AUGCACGAAGCAUCGAUGCCAAGCGGAGUAAAGCAGAAGCCAGCCAGCCAGCCAAGGCAACUCUAUUGGGAUUCGACGCCGAAACGAGCUGGCCGGGCGAGCGGCGCCGCAAUCCCAGCAACGCAGAGGCCUCUUUCGGAGGGUAAGGCCCUGAGCGAGGGGAGCGGGCCUGACAUUCUCAAGCCCGACUCUCAUCGAGCCUCGGACGGACUCAAAUUUGCCGCUCCGACGCGGCCCCUCCUGGACGCCAGCAGGCGUUUGCUCCUCGUCUGGCCCGCGCUGCCGCCAUCCCAAUGCAUCGAGCCAGCUACCCGUCCGAGCCAUGUCGCAGUGUCGCAGUUUGGUUCCCCGUCUCGAGAUGAAAUGAAGGCGUUCUUUCCAUAUGAAAUGGCACGCGCGCGUGACGAUCAGGAUACUGGCGUUCGCUCUACACGCUCGCUCCCGGUCUCGGAGCUUGAGCUGCUCCGCCGCUCGUCGCUCGCUACCUCUCUGGGUGGUGCCGGACGAUCCAGAAUUGGUGCUCACCCUGCGUCCGCACCGCUCAUGCGCAGCGCCAACACACUGCUCCCGCACAUUGCCCCUGUCAAGUUGCUCCGUCACCAUCGUUUGGAAGCUGUCUCACUUUGCCGGCUGCCACCGCUCGCCGUCCGAGCGCUUCGCCAGGAGUUUCGUCGGGCUAAUGUCGAAGGGAGCCCCAAGCGCAAGCCAAUCGAUCGACCGAGUCGCCCUGCCCUAGCCUGCCCUUGCCUCGCACCAGCUUUGUCUCGUGUGGCCCCUGAACCGUUCUUUGCGCUACACACCGGCCAGCCUCGGGCGCCCGUCCGUUCUGCAUAUCAAAGCCAGCCCCCUUCGACCUCCUCCGUCCCUUUCUUCCCUUUCUACACCAUCUCCGUACCCACCCUCUCCCAGCAUCUCGCCGUCCCCGCCUCUGCGCUCACACAUCUGCUCCGUUUCAACGCUUCCGCUCAACCUGAACAUCCAUCGCACUUGGGACUCGGCGACCGCAUUGGACACAGCCUAGCUCCUCGGUAG